GUCUACGGUUAACGUCAGAGCCAAGAUGGGGCGGAAGGAAAUCAUCUGCAGCUGGAAAAAAAGUACCAAUAACAUCAAGGAUGUGUUUGCCUUCGAGGGGAAAAUGGGAUCGGGGUCUUUUUCAGAGGUUUUUAUGGUGAGAGAGAAGAAAACAGGAAAACUGUAUGCCCUGAAAUGUCUGAAGAAAAAACACCUAGCUCAUAGCAACCUGGAAAAUGAAAUCAAUGUACUGAGAAGGAUAAAGCACGAGAACGUGGUGGGACUGGAGGAUUUCUAUGAGAGUCGAACACACUAUUACCUUGUCAUGCAACUGGUGUCAGGUGGGGAGCUGUUUGAUCGCAUCUUAGACAAGGGGGUUUACACUGAGAGGGAUGCCAGCACAGUCAUCAAACAGGUGCUGCAGGCCGUCAGCUAUCUGCAUGAAAACAGCAUUGUACACAGGGACCUUAAGCCUGAGAACCUGCUAUACUAUAACACAGAUGAGAAUGCUAAGAUCAUGGUCAGUGACUUUGGUCUGUCUAAGACGUUGGAGCAUGGUGUGAUGUCCACAGCCUGUGGAACACCAGGAUAUGUUGCCCCUGAGGUUUUGGCUCAGAAACCCUACAGCAAAGCAGUGGACUGCUGGUCCAUUGGAGUUAUCACUUACAUCCUGCUCUGUGGCUACCCUCCCUUCUUUGAAGAGAACGAUACUCGUCUGUUUUCAAAGAUCAUGAGAGCUGAUUAUGCCUUUCAUUCACCCUUCUGGGAUAACAUCUCUGAGUCAGCCAAAGACUUCAUCAGGAAUAUGAUGGAGAAAAAUCCCUCAAAACGCUUCCUCACCGAACAGGCACUCCAACACCCCUGGAUAGCAGAAAACACAGCGAAAGACCUCGACAUUUAUGAGUCUGUCUGUGAACAGAUGGAGAAAAACUUUGCCAAAUCCAAAUGGAAGCAAGCCUUCAACGCAGCCUCAGUAGUUCACCACAUGACGAAACUGCAGUUGUCCCAGAGUGAGCCGUCCCACUCCUCCCUCUCCAUGCCCCACAUCAUAGUACAUUCCUCCUCCCAGAAUGAUCUGGAGAUGCUGGGACCCUGCCACAAUGAGGCUGAUGACCUCGACCCAAACGGAAAUCCCGUUCAUGCUGCUAAUCAUCUACCCUGCAGUAAUCCUGAGUCGGACAAAAGUCUCUGUCCACCACUGAGAGCCAGUCACAGUGGGCCUGGCAAAGCCCUCACUGUUGGAGAAAUCAAUAACUUUCAUUCAGAAAUCGACGCUCCGUUCAGGCCAUCCAAGAGCAUGGAAGCUGUGGCUCAGAGGAAGGACCAGCCGCUUCAGUCCGGAGUGUGUUCUGUCAUGUGAUUGGCUGCUAGCCUGAGAUAAAUCUCACGCAGUUUGUCUUUUGAGUUGACGGCAGUUGAGUUGAGCGUCAUCCGUCUCAGAAUGAAGGCGUUGAUACUUCUGUUGCUCAGCUUUUUCAUGUCACUGUUGCGGAGAACAUGCUCCAUCGACCGGGACUGCAUCUAUACUGUAAAAGACACUCUAUCACGGAAUAACUUUACGCAGUGAACACCACAUUAAAGCAGACACAAGCAGGAAUUCAAAGUCAGUUUCACUCUACAACCUGUGACAAAUAAAUCAACCUUGUACCUUGUAUUCAUCAUUUAUAAAAUUAUACAUGCUGUUGACAUUUAUUUUCUCAAAACUGUUAUUAUCAUUGUAUAUUACUCUACAUAUUACUCAAUACCAUUAAAAUGAAUUGGUUUUGAAUAGAUUUAGCUGACCUAUGCAGUGUAAAAGCUCAUUUCUGAUUUGUUUUGAAGUUUUUACAAAGCUGAAAAGCUUUUUCAGACUUCAGAGUCUUGUCACUUGUAUGCUCUGAAUAUCUUUAUUAAGAUACUUAACUUAUCUUCAGUGUUCACACUAUAACAUUUUUGAUGUAUGCUGGAUUACAUGGAUGGAUUACAAGUCCAACUUCCACUGUACCCAAAGAGAUGAAUGGAAAAUGUUCUUUAUAUUUAUGAGAUUAAACUUUAUUUUCAGGUAGAGUCUUUGAAACACAGUCAUUAAGUGCAAAUACUGCUGUCUUGUUAAACAAGUGAAUUUAUCAAGUGCCACAAGGUGAUGUAAAUAUGCUGUCAACACUAAUGAUGUCAUGGAUGAUUCUGAAUUCACAAAUGUAGAGACAUAAGUGUUUUUUGUAUUCUCAAUAAACAUGCUUUUUCCUGUGUCGAAUGAA